AGUGCGUCAACUUUCACUGUUUUCAGGUUUUAGCUCUAAUCUUCAGAGGAAUUAUACUGGAAUAUGGCUAACUGAUGAGAUGUGUUUCAUGUUAGAGUUUUACUGGCUGUUGGAAUAUGGCUUCAGAAGCAGAGUACUCUGAAUUUGAGGAAAAGGUCAAACGAACUGUUUACCUUGAUAAUCUCUCUCCACAAAUUACUGAAUCUAUUGUCAAUAAAUCUGUCUCUCAAUUCAGAAUAGUUAAAAAUGUUCAAUUCAUUCCAAAUUACUUGGAAAAGAACAUUCCUUUAUCUCGUAAGCCUAAGCAGGCUGAUGCCGUUGUCUCAGAAAUAUCUCAUAAGCCUUUUAUGGUUGGUGGAAUGCCAAGGCCUGUGAGGGCUCAUGAAGCGAAACCGGAGAUGUUUGAGGAUCGCCCUGCAAAGCCUGGGAGAGAGAUACAGUUCCUUUGGGUUGAUAAAAAGGAUCCUGACUUUGAAGUGGCCAAUAGAUUGAAGCAGCUUGCUAAGGAUCAUGCUCUUGAAGUGGAUAUUGUGCUCAAUCAACAGGUAAAGGUUGAAGAGAAGCUUGCAGAGAGGCAGCAAUUAGCCCUCAAGGUGAAUCAUGAGAAGUUUGAAAUGAUAAAUGGCGUGAUAACAGAUGGAACUGCUAAGUGUUUGGCAAACCGUUAUCAUAUUCGAGUUGCAGAUCAUUGGUAGAUUCUUUCUUUCGGUUCUUCCUCAUGUCUAGUAAAACUGACCUUACAUAGGUGUAUUAAGUUGACAGCAAUUCCCUUGUUCUGAAAUGUGAUGUCAAGAGGUCUAGAUAUCUUUAGUAGAAAAAAGCAAGAUGAAGAAGUAUAUCAAUUAUUCUUAUUUAGCUAGAGUACAUUGUAAGAAAUCCUGAAGGAAUGCAUGGUCUGCAAUGUAUUAGCAAUUUUCACCU